CUAAUUUAAAAGUCAAUCGCGGUUGUGCAUCACAUCCAGUUUUAAACAAAUAAAAAUUAAAGCGUCAACAUGAAGUUUCAGGUUUCUUUAAUUGGGUUUAUUUGUUUAGGAGUUUUGUCAGUAGGAGUUUUUGCAAACAACCUUGAGCAAUACGACGAUCAGAAACUACGAGGUAUCAUCGAUGGCAUGAUUAACACGACAAUCAACAAUAUUCUGUCAAAUUUAAACGAAAGCAUUGAAGUGCCCAUUUUAACCUUAAACUUAAAUCAAUCCUUACUCAGCGGAUCCGCUAAUAUCGUCAAUUUCAACCUAACUGGAAUCAAAGAACUGGUAGCGACCCAAAUUAACGUCAGCAUUUUAUCGUUAGCGAUGAACGCCAGCAUUAAAAUACCGCUAAUCCAGUUGGAUACCGCUUAUAAUGCCAGUUUUAUUUUGGCGAAAUUUUUCCCGUUGUUUGGAGACGGCGCAGUCAACGCUACCAUAAACGAUAUUGACGUUUUAGUAGGCGGCAAGGUGAACCUGACCGGCGGCCUGUCACUGUCAAAAGUGACAGUUUCCUUUGGCAUUCAAACUGCACAAGUGCUGCUAUGGAACAUCCUGAUUGGUACCGCCUUAACGAAACUAACCUCAAACUGUCAAGGGGGCGGCGAACUGAAGUACCUUUGGGGUGACGCGUUAAGUGACAACCCCAAUUGCGUCGGCCCCACGAACCGACCGUAUCCCACUGAUGUGAUCGAAAAAUCGUUCAAGAAUGACCGGAUGUGGCAGGGGCAUUUCCGUACUGCACGUUCUCAACGUACCAUCGACCCCUACCAAACCAGGAAGGCCUUAUUGAAGACUUUCGAGCAAAACAGUAUUGAUUUAGGGGCUAGUUCACCCAGACAAGGGAGGGCGUCUACUAUGUUUUCGAAUACUUGCGGCGGAAUGCCCCCGAGACUAUGCAAGACUCGUUACAAUACCACCGCCCCUAUGUACGGGGUGUCGUUGACUUCCGGACAACCGGUUACCAUCGUACAAAAAUUUCCCGACCUGUUGCAGCAAGUCGUUUUUGAGGUGUGUGAAAGUUCGGAAUGUGAUAUGGUUAGGGGCGAAUGUAUGCAGACCUACGUGCCCUACCUGUUUUUGGUUAUCCCUCUAGGGCCGGUUACCCUGACCGGUCAAGACUACGUACUGGUAGAGAGCGGUUGCGUAUGUCGACCAAAAAACACCGCUAGCAACCAAACCCUUUCGAAAGUGUAAAUAUUAGAAUUUGUAUUUUAUGUUUAUUUAUUUUUUUUUGUCGAGGAAAAUGUUGGGGGAUGUGAGGGAUGUCUCAAAUUUGAACAGUCAUGUGCAUUUAAAUUUGAGACAUUUUAUUUUUAACCUACAGACAGUGCCAAUUAUUGUAAUAAUUUAUAUUAAUCGGUCUGUAGGCAACGAAACGUAUUGUGUUUGUAGAGACUGAUUGAAAUUAUCAAAAAAAUUAAUUAAUAUAUCAUUAUUUAAGAUA